GGACAGUAACGUGGAGUAAUACGUGCCCAUAAUCUACAUCGACUCAAAAUAAUUUCAAACGAAUUCAAAACAGAACCAAAUCACAUACCAAUGUGAUGUGUGUUCUAGCGGUGAAGCGCAUAGAAGCCAAAGAAUACAACUUUUACUUCGUCCUUUUUGGUAUUAUAUGCAGUUGCAUAAUUUUUUUCUAAAGGAAUGAUAAGAGCUACAUGUUAUAUUGGUCCAUUAUGAUACACUAGAUCAUGAUUAUUGGUCUUAACUUCAUUUCAGCAUUCAAUGCCAACGCAUUGUAAAACAAAGUGACAAGACUAUAAAACACUUAACAAUGCUUCAAAGUAUUUUGCUGAGGUUGCAACUACAAAUGUUGGGAAUAUUUCACUGGGCACCUAUUCACUGGCGACAUCGAUGUUUGUUGUGUAGCAAUCACCUUGAAGAAAGCAAAGCUGAUCCAUUAUUUGAACCUCAAGCUGUAAACAAGCACAAUGAAGAAGCGGAACUACAUGACAGAGAGUUUCUUGAGGACAUGGACGAAAGUGCUGGAUUAUUCCCAUCCCCAGACUUUAAGGAUGAAAGCAGUAAGACUUGUUGGGACGAAGACGAAGGUAGUGAGAACACUUGUGCUGUGUGUGAGAGUCUACGAUGGAACAGAGAAGGUGACGUCACCAGGAAUAUCAAGGAGUGGCUGCCUGGGCCAUACCGCAGAGCCAUAGGAACAGUAGUUUCUAUGCUAUUCAUGGUAAUGCUAACGGUCGGUAUGUGCUACAUGACUGUCCUCUACUUCUGUCACCUAUUUGGUCGUGAAGACGAAGUGAUGCAUCUGACUUCGUUCAUGUCAUUUUCAAUCAGCUUGAGUUCGGUUGCCUUGAUCUGUGUCUACGGGAAGACCCGGUAUUACUUCAAUGGUUAUGGAAGAAGGCUGGACAUGGAAAACAUUCAAGUGAACUGGGGUUGGAGUGAAAUGAUGCAUCAAGAUUUUAUGACUCGACGUCUUCAGUACCUGUGCGGACCUAAGGGGUUUCAUCUUCCAGGAAUUCCAUUUCAUGUAGCAUGUCUCCUAUGGCCUGUUGUCAAUAUGGUCUUCGAAAUAGUCUACUUCAACAGUUUGAGCCAGCUCCAGCCUGUCAUAAACCUCAUGUUUGCUAUUAUAGAGGUAUUGUCUGUCACAGCUGGGAUGUUGUUAUAUGGUGUAUUCUGCCACACAAUUUUCCACCUUCGUUGCUCCUUCGAGAUCGAGUGCAAUCUCCUCCUCGCCUUCUUUAUCGAGAACGAAGGUUACCUCGAUAGAUGUCGCAUGCGAUUGGCGGAAACCUACCGUGACUACAGAAUCUUUCAAUCUGCCGUUAGGUCAUGGGUUUCUUUCAUCGUUUCAAUCGGUAUCCUUGGAUUAACUAUUCAUUUGAGUUGGAACUACGAUGUGUACAGCGGGAACGAAAAGCUGAAUAUAAGCAGCAAGGACCUCAUCCUUCUCAAUGUGCUUAUCUUCUCUGAGAAGCUUAUGAUCAUUUCCCUACCUGUUAUUGCAGUAGGUGGGAUGGACCUAAGCUAUCUAUGGCUUCAUUUUCAACUGGCUCUCUCAAGGAACCGUCGAAGUGAGCAAGAGUAUUUCUGGGACCGUCUAAUCUAUUACCUGCGUGAUAUGAAGGAGAAUGACCAAGGAACCGGUGUUACCGCUUUUCUUUCUGUCGUCUCAUUGUAUACAGGGCUUAAACUCGGGGCGCAAAACCUAGACUAUUCCGGUAUUCUGGGACAUUAAUAAUGUGGCUUUGUUCGCCAGAAACAAAUUUUUUCCCCCUAUAGACAAUAAACACACCCCACACGCACACAGAAACAUGAGGAUUUAAUUGGAGUUCAUUUUCAUAUUAGUGUACAGUAUCAUUUAUUGAAUAAUAUAUAAACGUGUGGAGGCUCAGAACAAUGGAAUUAGUCAGGCAGGGCCAGUAGUGUACAGAUGGGGUUGGGGGUGGGCGGUGGCUCUUGCACUCUCCCCAAUUUUUUCACGACCAAGAAAACAGAGAGAAAUGUGAAAUUUGAUAUUAUUUUCUGAAUAUUAUGACAAAGUCUUUCACAAAAUUUGAUUUUCUUUUGUAAUAAAACAUGAAAUUAAUUGCUCGCUCACUCCUAACUAAGUAUAAAUUUUAUGCAAUACGCCAUAUCUCCUCAUAUUUUUUUUUGGCUCAUUACGUCACCGGGCAGGGCAAUUCAACAUGAAUGAAAUGUAUUAAAUUUAGCAGAACAUCAUUCGCAACAUGCCAAUAUUCUACUCAAGGCAAAAAUACAAUGGAAUACAAUACAUACAAAAUAUACAUAAUAUUUGAGGAACAUUUGAUCGAGGGAAAGAAACAUAACACAAGGCAAAACAAGUUGUUACAAAUGAUUCAAUACAAGUAAUUUUGAAUGGAAUGUAACAAUAUCAUUAAUAAUUAUGAUACUGAUAUUUGUAUAGUAUCGAUAACUGUUAUAAUUGUUGCGGUGUUAAAUUCAUGAGUUGUCAAGGUAUUUAUCAAUUUGUAAAGACAUCAAACUUCUAUUUGUUAUAUGUAUUUUAUUUUGUAUAUGAAUUGAAGUUGUCAAUAAAAACUACUUAAUACAAAAAAAUGCCAUUACUAUGCUUAUUUAUUUCAUUUUCCUUUAUUGGAAGAUACAUAGAUCCUAUAUAUACUUAUUGUUAUACAGACCAGCAGCACUUGCUGAAAUCGUCACUUUACAGCAUUUAUGAAUUAUGAUAUAACAUGAACAUUUACAAAAAAAAUCCAGGCCGUUCUGACCCGGAAUGACUAUGUGUCAUAUAAACCUUACCCAGUAAAUAGUAAGCCUUUAAAAACUUGAAUCGAUUCAUAACUUGCACCUGAUAUUAGUGUUACAUCUCUUUAAAAAAAAACCGUUAAUCAUUACUGUCUAGGGGUUCUUUUUAUGAUAGGUCCAGUUUUUUUAAAAAAUGUGCUCAGAAAAAGUUCUUUAGGCAAUUUGUGUUAAUGCUGAUUUCUUAAUCGUUCAUGGUAAUUCAGGGGAAAAUGCUGUUUGCCAAACUUGAUUCCGACGUUUUCAUCGUCAAGUUGGCAAAACAACAGAAUGGCGGCAUUUUGAAUGCGGUUUCCCCCAUUAAACAAUUUGUAAAGGUGAUUAUGUUUCAGAAAUGUUAGUCUAUGCUAGAUUUUUUAUACCCAGGGUUGUAAACAUAAAGCAUCUGAUAGAUUGAUUCGUCCGCCAUCUUUAAGUCCAAGAUGGCUGCCGUGAUUCACAGCUGCUGGUUGACAAAUAAUGUAUGGCCAAAAUAAUGUUUGAUAAUUUUUGGGAGAUGCUGGCAAACUCACAUCAUAACUUUUACUAAAUGUUCGCCGAUUUUUCCUUGCCUGCAUAGCAGAAGCAAGAUAUGGACGUUGCCAAUGACUUUGGUGGUGGCGAAGUCAACAUCAAAUCUCAACCGAGGUUAAGUUUUUGAAAUUCCAUUACUUUUGGUGUAUAAUUAUCAAUUUCAUGAAACUUAGGGUUAAACAAAAUCUAUUGAGACAGAUUAUAGUUUUUAAAAAUGUCGUCCAUUGUACCUGGAAAUCCAAGAUGGCGUCCAAAAUGGCUGUCGUUGUACUAUCAACUCCAAAACUUAAAAUUAAAAAAACUUUCAAGUCAAAUAUGCAUCAGGACAUGCUUACAAGAAAGUUAGUAUGUCAGAGAAUCCAAGAUUACCUUCCAAAAUGGCGUCAAUAAAGGACAUUGUAAUAUUAAAAUGGUCCAAAUUUAUAUAUUAAUAUCCACCUAGUAAACGUAAUUUGGGGACUCUACCAAAACAGAAAAAAGAAAAAAAAAUAAUGAUUCCAAGGGAAAAAUUAUAUACAUUGGAAAAGUUUCAAGGUUUGUCAGUGGUGCAGAUUGUCAAAAAAUAAAUGAUGACUUCAAAAAUGGUUGCUGUUUCUUUAAAAAAAUGGAUGCAAAGUGGAUAUGCUGUCUACCUAAAGAAAUUUUUGUAUCUUUCCAAUGAUUUCAAGGGUCAAAUAAUAUAGGUUAAGACAUAUUGCAGGGAUACGCUGUUGUCUAAAAAAUGAAGAAGGCUCGCAUAAUUGCAUUCAAAUUGGCCACCAUUGAUACUAAAAUGGCAAUACUUCAUCCAUGUAGAACCAUUAUUUUAGUGUCUCUGCUAUGUUUUUAAGGCUCUAAAAAUAAGUGUUACAGGGAACAAAAUUAGGCGGUGGUGUAAAAACCUGAAAAAAUAAACUUUAAAGAUAGGGUAAACUUUUAUCCUAAAAAAGUACCGUUAAAAAGCUGAUAAGUACUUCGCGACACACCAUUUUCGUGCUUAGAACUAUUUCAUGAGUAGGGAACAACAAUCAUUUUACGCAAUUUAAGAAGUCGUUUUGGAUUUUUAUUUUUGUAAAAACCCCGGAAAAAUUGACCAUCCUUGCUACUUGUCCCGAUGUACUAUUUGAGCCUUCAAACCACAAUAGCGUAGACACCAAAUAUUUUUUUUCACAUAGCUAUGACUGUUUUUAACUUAAUGGGACUCAUUUUCGACGCAUUUUUUUUUCUGAAGCCAUCUUGGAUUUUUGGAUAUACAAGACCACGGACUUUAUCCUAAUGUGCAUGAUGUAUUGCUUGAAGCGGACUGUCCUUGUAACUAAUUUGUCCCAACGUAUUACUUGACAAGUUAAACCGUGGAUUAGACACCAAUAUCAUAUUUCCCAGGAGGAUAUUAAACAAACUAUGUCGGUGUUUUAGGGUUUUUAGAUAACAACAGCCAUUUUAGGCUCGGAUUUUGAUAGCCAUGUUGGAUCUUUGGACAAAGUGGAUCGCUGAAUCUCCUUGUAACUUGCCCCAAUAUACUACUCGACCCUUAAAACCACCAUUGAAUAAAACCAAAAUUAAAGACAAUAAAAUAGGUAAUAGAUAAAUUGUGAUUUUUUAGGCUAUGGCAGCCAUUUUGGACGCCAUCCUGGACUUCCAGGUACCCUGGCGUGAUUCUGUUCACUCUACAUGUAUCAGGAGACCUUUUAUCCCAUACACCAUUAAAUAUGCAUCGAAAAUGGAUGUCUAAGGUGGAUAAAGAGUAGAAUAUGUUAAUUUCCAGUGAAUGGCGGCCAUUUUAGACGUCAUUUUGAAAGAACCACUUUCUCGGAUGCAGAUUUUGAUAGAUUUUAGUAUGUUAUUCCUGACAUCAAAUAGUACCAAAAACGAUUGAAAAACAUUAUUGUCGCAAGUUUUGGGGGUCAAAAGAGAGUAAAAAAAAGGGUGUAGAAUAGCAGCCAUAUUGUUUUUGCCAUUUUGAGAAUUUUAACAUUAAAUUCAAGGUUGAUAAACAACAUAUUUGGACUCAGCGCCCUCGAAUUAUGUUGAAACACUUCUCAGUUCAGCAUUAACACGAUUUGCCUAAGGCAGCCUCCUUUUCUCAAAUCUGGACCUGACUAUGAAGGGAAAACGGUUUUACAUAUUGAAGUUUUACUUUUCAGCAUGUCUGAACCCUUGUUUAUUGUGUCCAGUCAUCGCAACAUGCACUUCUUCAGAAAUGUAAGUCCUUAAAACGCGUUAAUGUGUAUUAUUUUGCACGACUCGAAUUAUAUUACUCGCAUAUGUUCAGAUCAAAGUAGAUAUGAUUCAAGUAACGCAAAUAAAUUUAAAGAAAAUGAAAACGGGUAAUGUGUCGUUUCUCCUCCUGUUGUCGAUGAGACCG